GCCUCAAACACGCUGAUUAACAUGUCUAAACUCCUCAGAGUUUAGGGGCGUCUUUGCGCGCUCCCGUGUCUCCUCAUGUGCGCGCCCCCGCCGGUGGCCGUGUUGUGCCGUGCGUUUGGAGCAGCUGUCGGUCUGAUCGGAGACGCAGAGACACGGGCGCAGUGUGAUCGCGUCUUCUUCUUAUGAAAAAUCUCCGUCGGAUCUCACUUCGCAACCACGCCGCCGUCUCUGCAGGACUUCCCGGACGUCUGUGCGCUCGCCCGGCUGAGAGUGUGUCUCCACAGACGAGCAUGCUUUUAUCGCCGUCUUUGUCUGAUAUGAGACGGGAUUAAGUUCUCCGGCAGCGGACCAAGCAGCCCGCUUUAGUAAAAGGGGGCUAAUUUAGGCUGUAGCCUUACUUUUUCUCGGGGCAGGGAUGUCUUCGGCUCGGGUGGAUUACAUUGCGCCCUGGUGGACUUACUGGCUUCACAAUUUUCCUCAUAUCAACCUGAGGUUUCAGCCCAUUGAUAACAGCUUCCAGCCUGAGGAGGAGAACUACCAGCAGUCUCUCAUAUUCCUGGGCUGCGUGGCGGCUGCAGGGCUCGGCCUCAACCUGCUGUGUCUGGCCAUCUACCUGAGCUGUUUGUGCUGCUGCCGUAAAGACGAGGAGGAGGAGAGCAAGAAGCCCAACUCCUGCUGCGUCACCUGGUCCGCUGUCGCCGCCGGCCUCAUCACAUGCGUCGCAGUGGGUGUGGGUUUCUAUGGCAACAGUGAGACCAAUGACGGCGUGUACCAGUUGACCUACUCCCUGUACAAUGCCAAUCACACACUGGACGGCGUGGACAGUCUGGUGACUGGCACCAUGGGCAGCAUGAAGAGCGGCCUGCACCAGCACCUCGCAAGGCUGGACGAGAUCUUUGCCACGCGGGGUGACUACGUGCAAACCCUGCAGUUCAUGCAGCAGAUGGCCGACAACGUCAUCAAACAGCUGCUUGGUUUGCCCGACUGGGAGGAGGCUAAAGUGGACCUGGCAUCCAUCGCGGAUCAAACAGCAAACAUCGAGUACUACAGGUGGCUCGCCUACCUGCUGCUCCUCAUCGUGGACCUGAUCAUCUGCCUGCUGGCCUGUCUGGGACUUGCCAAGCAGUCUCGCUGGCUUCUCACCACGAUGAUGGUGUUUGGAGUGCUGACGCUGGUCCUGAGCUGGACUUCUCUGGGAGCUGACCUGGCCACUGCUGUGGGCACGAGUGAUUUCUGCGUGUCCCCUGACAAGUACCUCCUGAGCCAAACAAAGGGUAUCAUCGGUGCUGAUAUUGUUCAUUACUACAUUUACUGCAACCAGACUCUCUCCAACCCCUUCCAGCAGCCUCUAACCAUCUUCCAGAGGUCCCUGACAACCAUGCAGAUCCAGAUCCAGGGUCUGCUGCAGUUUGCUGUGCCUCUGUUCCCUACAGCUGAGAGAGACCUACUGGGCAUCCAGCACUUACUCAACUCCUCAGAGGCCAGUCUGCACCAGCUGACCGCCCUGCUGGACUGCAGGGGGCUCAACAAGGACUACCUGGAUGCAAUGGUGGGGGUGUGCUAUGACGGGGUGGAGGGUAUGCUCUACCUCUGCCUCUUCUCCACCCUGGCAGCCUGUGCCUUCACUGUCAUGCUGUGUGCCAUUCCCAGGGCAUGGAGACAAAUUGCCUGCAGAGAACGAGAUUAUGACGACAUCGACGAGGAGGAUCCAUUCAACCCGCGGGCGAGGAGGAUAGGCUCUCAGAACCCCAACCUCACCAACAUGCACAGCUUCUGCAGCUACAGCAGCAGCAUGGGCAGCCAGAGCAGCCUCCACCCGCCCGCCCCAGCGGUCUCCAACGCCCCCAUGUCCGAGUACAUGAACCAGACAGCUCUGUUUGGGGGAAAUCCGCGGUACGAGAACGUGCCUCUGAUUGGACGAGGAUCUCCGCCCCCGUCGUACUCCCCCAGCAUGAGGGCCACCUAUCUGUCCAUGACCGAGGAACAGAGAAGACAGUUUGGGAACGACUUCCAAGCAUAGACUUCUUUAUGUGUCUGAGGAGGGAAGCGGCACUCACACACACACGCACAAACACACUCACACACACACACACACACACACGCUCAUCAGACAAAGAGUGUGUGGCUAUUCCAAGCAUCACAGAGGACAGUGUGUAACAUGUCGUUAGUCCGGGACUCCAGUCUGUGCAGUCUCAGGACGAUGGAACCACAUCUGUACUGUUCUCCCCGUGUCGUACGCUCAUAAAUGAUUAAUUACACUUUUCUGCCAUCUGUGGGGGAACUUUCUAAGUAUUUCUGCCACAUGCUGUCAGACUUAACCUGCUCUUAAUACAUUGUGUUGAAUUUAAAAAAAAGAUUUCACUGUCUUUAAGAAGAACUUUGAUGAAAACAGGUGACAGGAGCAAUUUUGAGGAUUCAUAUCUCGCUGCAGUAAAGCAUAAAAACAUGUUCACAAUGUUGACAGAAAAAAAAAGAUCAUUUAAAAUGAUCCGAAAACUUACAUUCAGGUCUCCAAAGAGAAACGUCUGAUCAUGACAGCUGAUUUUCUGUGUGUUGUGCGUCAUGCUUGAUAUUUGUGAGGCACAAACCCAGCAAUGGCAGCACACAUCAGGAGGUAUUGUUGAGGUCUAAUUUAUUUACGUUCACACACAGACAAGCCUGCAAGUGAAGCUUCGUGUUUCUAAAGCUCCUGGAGACGAGACGACCUCGAGACCACAGCUUCUGUAUAUAAACUGUACAGUAACAGACUGCUGUCUCAUUCUGAUGUGGUUUAUUUUGUUUAAACAAUGUGCCAUUUUUAUAUAUUUUUUCUAGUCCUGUGUGUCACAUAGAUCACUUUUUUUUUUUUUUGUAUUUUGUAAAGGGCCAUUCAUUCAUGUUCUCUGCCUAUCGAAUCCAGCUAAUACAAAAAAAAAGUUGUAGUUUCUGUCAUAACUUGGGAAGCUGUGCUGCUCUAACCACGAUUAAUGAGAAUAUUCAGGUAAUUAUUUUCAUCAAUCCAAACCACCCAAACGAUACAUGUUUGUACUGACUAACCAUGAUUUUCUGUAGGGAUUUAAUACAUGCAGUUUGGUUUAUUAAUUAUUUUUCUUAAGUGUCAUUUCUUUCAGCAUGUUACAUUGUACAGGCACUGAGAGUGGUGCUUAAUUUCGUGUGCGACCUUUAAACUUCAGGGUCUAACUGUGAGUUGAAUAAAUCAGUUUUGA